CUGCAGAGUUCCCCUCAUUUGCCUGCAUUUUCAAUGGAUGGGGACUUUGUUAUUGGAGGUGUUUUUUCUUUACACUACAAACAGCUCACAGUGAUUUAUAACUACACCACCAAGCCUGAACCUUCAAGAUGCACAGGAAGUCUUAUACCUCGAGAACUACGUUUUACUCGUGCAAUGAUGUUUGCUGUUGAGGAGAUAAACAACAGCACAGAGUUGCUGCCAGACAUAAAAAUUGGAUAUCAUAUCUAUGACACAUGCACUUCAGUGCCCAUGGCCAUGCAUGUGGCAUUUUUAUUAGCAAACGGCCAGGACCCUGUGUUUUACAAAGGCAACAUUUGUUCCCAGUCUGGUGUGGUGUUGGCAGCUGUUGGAGACUCUGCUUCAUCACCGUCAAUCACCAUUUCCCGCAUCUUAGGGUCCUUCAACAUCCCUCUGGUGAGUCACUUUGCAAGUUGUGUCUGCUUGUCAAAUAAGCAGCAAUUUCCAACUUUUUUUAGAACAGUUCCCAGUGAUCAGUUCCAAGCUGACGUGCUGGUGAACCUGGUGAAACAUUUUGGCUGGACUUGGAUAGGGGCUGUCUACUCAGACUCAGAUUAUGGAAAUUAUGGCAUGGGGUCUUUUCUUAAAGCAGCACAGACAGAAGGAAUUUGUGUGGAGUACUCUGAAUCUUUCUUCUGGACUGACCCACACAGCAAGAUCCGGAGAGUAGCAGAUGUUAUCCGCAGGUCAACAGCAAUGGUAGUUGUGGCGUAUAUAGCCCCAUCAGAAGUGAGGGUCCUAUUUGAGGAACUUGCUCGUGAGCCUCCAUCACCUCGUCAGUGGAUAGGAAGUGAGGGCUGGAUUAUUGACCUAGAUUUGAUGAGCUUCAGUUUCUGUGCAGGAGCCAUCGGAGUUGGCAUUCAGCAAUCUCUCAUCCCAGGUCUGAGAGACUUUCUAUUGGAUCUGUCUCCCACUGAGGUAGCUGCGUCCUCAGUGCUUACUGAGUUCUGGGAGGAUGCAUUCAAGUGUACACUGACAGAAAAUGUUGAUCCAGAAAGGAAAGUGUGUGAUGGAACUGAAGACAUAACAAUACUCACAUCUCCGUACACUGAAACAUCUCAGUUAAGAGUUACGAACAUGGUGUACAAGGCUGUUUAUGCAAUAGCUCAUGCCAUUCACAAUGCAGUAUGUAAGGAAACAAAAACUACUACUAUGUGUGAUAAACACAUCAAACUGGAAUCAAAACAGGUUUUAUCUGAACUUAAAAAUGUAAACUUUUCCCGAAAUGGUUAUCCUGUGUCAUUUGAUGCAAAUGGGGAUCCUGUGCCUUUUUAUGAGCUGGUCAACUGGCAGAAGAAUGAGAAUGGAGUUAUCAAGCUGGUAACAGUGGGAUACUAUGAUGGAUCACUUCCAAAAGGGCAGGAGUUACAUAUCAACAGGAACAUAACAUGGGUCCAAGGUGGCACACAAGUACCAGAAUCAUUAUGCACUCAAAGUUGUCCUGCAGGUACUCAUAAAGUGUUGCAGAAAGGAAAACCCAUCUGCUGCUUUGACUGCAUUCAAUGUCCUGAAGGAGAGAUCAGUAAUAAAACAGAUUCUCCUGACUGUUUCCCAUGUCCCAGUGAAUUUUGGCCUAAUGCGGAAAGAAAUGCUUGUUUUCCCAAACCUGUAGAGUUUCUGUCCUUUGAUGAAGUUCUGUCAAUCAUCCUGGCUGUGUUUUCUGUUAUUGGGGCUUGUCUGGCCAUCAUUACAGCAGCAAUUUUUUUUCAUCACAGAACUACUCCAAUUGUCAGAGCCAACAACUCAGAGCUGAGCUUUCUGCUCCUUUUCUCUCUGACCCUGUGUUUUUUAUGUUCAUUAACUUUCAUUGGAGUUCCCUCUAAAUGGUCUUGCAUACUGCGGCACACAGCUUUUGGCAUCACCUUUGUUCUCUGUAUCUCCUGUGUUCUUGGAAAAACUGUAGUGGUGUUAAUGGCCUUUAAAGCUACACUUCCAGGUAGUAAUGCCAUGAAAUGGUUUGGUCCCCCACAACAAAGAAUGACUGUUAUGACUCUCACAUUUAUCCAAAUUUUAAUUUGUACAGUUUGGUUGAUACUCAGUCCUCCUUUUCCAAUGAAAAAUCUAAGCACAUACAAGGAGAAGAUCAUCCUGGAAUGUGCAUUAGGCUCUGCUGUUGGCUUCUGGGCUGUGCUCGGGUACAUUGGUCUGCUGGCUGUUUUUUGCUUUGUGUUAGCUGUUCUAGCUCGAAAACUACCUGAUAAUUUUAAUGAAGCCAAGCUGAUAACCUUCAGCAUGCUGAUCUUCUGUGCAGUGUGGAUCACCUUCAUCCCAGCAUAUGUCAGCUCUCCUGGAAAAUUCACUGUGGCUGUGGAGAUAUUUGCCAUACUGGCCUCCAGUUUUGGGCUGAUACUGUGCAUAUUUGCUCCAAAGUGUUUCAUCAUAAUUUUUCAGCCAGAACAGAAUUCAAAAAAAUGUUUAAUGAACAAAAAUUAG